CCGCUUGCACUGACGUUCCCAAAUGCCACGCGCGGCCCUCGCAGCGAUUCCGUCAGGCAGCUCGUUCGCUAACUUGAUAAAAGACGCCUAACCUGUCGUCGCAUGCGCCAACCCGAGCCACAGUUGACACUAGCCUUGACUGCUCGUCUGCCUUGAGCUUCUCCGCGAUGUUUCGCAACCGAUCCUCACAAGCAAAGCCGAACGAAGAGCUGCUAGAGAACUUCAAAGCGACCUUCCCUCACCUCGCCCAACGGUCGCAUUCGAUUGCAGGCCCGCCAGGGCACACUCUCACCGAUGCGCUCGACGUAGCACAUCCCGCCCGACAUGGCGACGCCGAAGACAUCAAGGACCAGGAUCCCACGCCGCGGGGAAACAACGAGCCAUGGAGGUUCACGCCUUCUCUCCUCGACCCCAACAGCUUUGCAUUCACCGCCUUCGCAAACCAGCCUCCUGGCUACUACACGCCUACGCCGGGCGGCACCAAUACGCUGUACCACAGUCAGGCCGGCGACUUGCACACGCCCGGCUUCAGCUUUGGUCUAGGCACACCCCUCUCCCUCCCCACCUCUGAAGGCGCCGUCCACGCUGGCCAGACUGCGCCCAACCCACAUCUCCAGGGCUUCAAUCCUCAUGCUCUGGGUACCCACCACCAUUUCCAGAAUGUCAACCCAUUCGGCAUUCAGCCCCAGCACCCUCAAUCAUUUGCGCCGCACCAGUUCACGCACCAGCCAUCUGCGUUUGAUCAUGCACCUCUCCCCCAGGCGCACGAGGACUCUCCCAUGGAGAACGUCAUCCCAGAAGUCGAGAUGCAAUCCCCUCUUAUUGGCUUCGCUCCCCAGCCCUACGAAAACAACCUACCAGGCGCAGUGGCCCCGGCAACUCAACCAAACCAGAACUUCCGUUACCACGUUACCCUGAAUGCGCCCACUGCGAUGAUAAAGCAGUCAGAUGAAGUUCCUGUGACCUAUCUCAACAAGGGUCAGGCAUACUCUGUCUCGCUAGUUGAUACCGCAGCACCCAGCCAGGCACCACCGUCUACCCUCAAGUACCGGACUUUCAUCCGAAUCUCAUUCGAAGACGAGCAGCAGCGACAACGCCCCGCUUCUUGCUGGCAGCUCUGGAAAGAAGGACGCGGUACAAACGAGGCACAUCAACGGGGUGGCCGUCUCCAGGCGGUCGAAUUCGUGGAUCCAAGCCAAGUCGGCGGCGGUGAAGUCCAAGGACGGCCAAGAGUUGAGCUCGAAUCGUCUUCUUUCGAUGGUUUUGCUGUAACAUGGACACCCGCACCCAACGCUGCAGCCGAGUGUUCCUUGGCAGUUCGCUUCAACUUUCUCUCUACCGACUUUAGCCACUCCAAGGGCGUUAAGGGUAUUCCAGUUCGCCUAUGCGCCAAAACCGAGCUACUUUCAGAGGUCACUGGAUCGCCCUCAGAAACGCUCGCCGCUGAGCUUUGUUACUGCAAAGUCAAGCUUUUCCGCGACCAUGGCGCAGAGCGCAAAUUGUCGAAUGAUGUUGCACAUGUCAAGAAGACUAUUGACAAGUUGAAGCAGCAAAUUGCGCAGGUUGAGUCUGGCAUGAAGGACUUUGGAAAGCGCAAACGCAGUGGAGACGACAAAAGCAGCAGCUCCAGGCCUGGUAAGCUCCAGAAGCACAAGAGGACGUGGUCGAUGUCUUCUGCAAGUGACAACCAGGGAGCUCGCCCAGCAGCUGAAGAAGACCUGCACAUCAAGCUGGCAUCUCUUCAGGACAUGUUCAGUUCCACACGCCCCGUGAGCGUUUUGUACCUGAAGGGCGAGGAACAAGACGACCCGGAUCUUCAUCCAGUCCAGCUCUCCUCCAAUCCACAAGAACUGUCCAAGAUCGAUACGAACGUGGACUCACAGAUGUGGGAAGGCCAAAGCUCUCAGACAGGCAACUCGUCCAUGGUAUCACCUACACCGAGCUCGCAAUCUCUGCACUCCGAGAAACGCAGGGCCUCUUCAUUCCAACGUCCCGGUCCCUACGGACCGCCAUCGCGCAUGACCUCAGGCGAGUGGAGAAGCCUCCCCCAGACUGCCACAGGUGAUCUGAAGGGAAUGGUCGCAAUGCAUGGCGGCUCCGAUGUACCCACUAAAGUCCAGAGGCCGUACUCCGAUGACCAUGCCCUCUCUGGUUGGAUCGAGGCUCUGGGUGUUGACCAGACCUAUCAGCCACCACCCGAGCCUAUGCUAAAGCCAGUUGCGUGCUUCUUCGUGCAACCAAGAAUUGCUGGCAAGCAGCCGGACGACAACUAUUUCCGCGCUGUCUAUGUAAUAGAACGCUCCCUCAAAGCGCUCGUAAGCAGCAUCGCUAUGAAAAUCAACAUCGAGCCCACCAAAGUUACUCGUACCAUCCGGGUUAACCAGAAGGGCCUGCGCAUCUUAAUGGACGACGAUGCGGUCAACGCCAUACCUGAACAACAAGAUAUGGCUGCUGAAUUUCACGAGAUCGGUACGCCUCCCAUUCAACCAACGAAGCGAGAAUGGGAUGCUGGUCCCACCGACAUCCAGGUUGACGGCGAUAUAUCAGUAGUCGAAGCUGUGCAUUCGACUGGCUACGAGCUUCGGCUUCUUUUCUAAACGCCCAACCGGCAGUCCUCGAGAUUUCCACCACUUUCUCUCAACCAUUAGACUCAUG